AUGGCCUCUAACAGCACCACUUCCGGAGUGGGAAAGACCAUACUUGUCACUGGUGGCUCGGGAUUCGUCGCUGCUGAAGUCCUCACUGCUUUCCUUUCUCGUGGCUAUAACGUGAGGACAACUGUCCGAAACGAUGCUUCUGCCGACAAGAUCAAGAAGUCUCACAGCAAAUACAUCAACCAGCUCUCCUUCGCCAUUGUCAAGGAUAUUCAGAUCCCAGGCGGGCACGAUGAGGCAGUGAAAGGAGUAGAUGGAGUUAUCCACACUGCUUCUCCAUUCCUGCUUCAAGUCGAGGACAAUGAGCGGGAUCUUCUUCUGCCAGCGAUUAAAGGCACCACAGAGGUUCUGGCCUCUGUCCAGAAGAACGCUCCCAACGUCAAGCGCGUUGUCAUUACCUCCUCUUUCGCAUCCGUUGUAGAUAUUCCCAAGGGCACUCGCUCAGGGUACGUCUACAACGAGAAGGACUGGAACCCUUGCCCUUAUGAAGUGGCUGCCAACAAAGACUCACCUGGCGCCGUCUCUUAUUGCGCAUCCAAGGCCUUUGCCGAGAAGGCAGCCUAUGAUUACGUUAAAGAACACAAACCACAAUUCGAGAUUACCACUUUGUGCCCACCUAUGGUUUACGGCCCCAGCGGCUCUGUCGUCACCAGCCUUGACAAUCUCAACACGUCUGCCGCAGAUAUCUACCGUCUCAUUAAUGGCAGCUGCAAAGAAGUCCCCGAGACUAGCUUCUACGGCUGGGUUGAUGUCCGUGACUUGGGUGAUAUCCAUGCCCGUGCUUUUGAGAGUCCAAAAGCUGCCGGACAAAGAUAUGUCACUGCCUCUUCUGGCUACACUUACCAGCAAAUCUGCGAUAUCAUCCGGAAAGACUUUCCGGAGAAGAGGCAUUUGGUCCCGGAAGGAACACCGAAUGCUCCUUACCCUGAUGUCUACAAGAUUGAUAACAGCAAGGUCAAGAAGGAGCUUGGGGUUGAGUUCAAGACAUUGGAGACUAGUAUUCAUGAUAUGGUUGCUCAGUUUAUUGAGAUUGAGAAGGCUACUGGCAAGGCCUGA